CAUGCAACCAAGCUUGGGUUGUGUCCUGAUAUCCAACAGUAAAAACAAUGAAAGGAGUCAUGUUCUUCUGCUUGAUUUCGCUCUUCCUUCUUUCAUCGCAAGCCCGUGUAGCCCAAAUGCAGCCCCAUAGGGGCUACACCCCUUGCAAGCGAAUGGUGCUCUACUAUCAUAACGUGUUGUUCAACGGCACGAACGCCGCGAAUGCAACGUCCGCCAUAGCUAGAAACCCGGUUGGGUUCGGCAACUUCGACUUCGGCAAGUUGGUCAUUUUCGACGAUCCCAUGACCAAGGACCACCACCUUCUCUCUCCUCCAGUGGCUCGUGCGCAGGGCUUUUAUUUCUACGACAAGAAAGAUACAUUCAAUGCAUGGUUUGCAUACACACUAGUAUUCAACUCGAGCAAGCACAAGGGGACACUUAAUCUUAUGGGAGCAGACCCGAUAAAUCAGAAGAGUAGGGACAUUUCAGUCGUCGGUGGGACCGGGGACUUCUUCAUGGCUAGAGGGAUUGCGACCCUCAGUACGGACACCUUUCAAGGGACGGCGUACUUCCGCCUUCGGAUGGAUAUCAAGUUGUAUGAAUGCUACUAGAUGAUGAUUGGCCGAUAUCUGAUUGUUGGGCCACUUAAUUAGGUAGUGUUUUUUCUUUUAAGUGAAGAGGAGUUAAUGGGCCUUGAUAAGGAGUUUGUGUUUCCUCUGAGAUGAAUAAUUGGUGUAUCAAAUGUUGAGAUUUAAUCUCAAUUUUGAAAUUAGUUAAAUUAAUAUAAUAGAAAUGUUCUUUUAAAGUUCA